AUGAGUAAUGCUGUGCUCUCCUCUGUGCUCUCGCAUCCAUUCUGUCCAGAGGUUUGCGAUGCCGUCGAGGAGCUAUCGUCCCAUUUCUCGCGAGUGGAUUGCCUUGUGGCUUCCAACAUGAGGCGCGUCCUCGGGGCCUAUGCAAACGCGCGCAUUGGGUCGCAACACUUCAGUGGCUCUACCGGCUAUGGCCACAAUGACGCUGGUGGCAGAGAGGCGUUUGAUAAGGCUUUUGCCGAGAUCUUCCGCGCUGAAGCAGCGAUCGUGAGGCCACAGUUUUUCUCAGGAACUCACGCGAUCGCUUCAGCUCUUUAUGCUGUUCUCCGGCCGGGUGACGAGCUGUUAUCCGUGGCAGGAGCGCCUUAUGAUACACUCGAGGAAGUUAUUGGCUUGCGAGGAUCAAAAGGCCAUGGAUCGCUCAAAGAAUUUGGGAUCAGCUACCGCGAAGUGCCAGUUACUGCUAAAGGUUGUCUUGACAAAACUGCGUUGGCAACAUCUGUAACAAAGAAGACACAAUGUGCCUUCAUCCAAAGAUCCUGCGGCUACUCGUGGCGAGAGACCUUGUCAAUAUCUGACAUUCAAGCCGCAGUCACUCUCAUCAAGGACCAAAAUCCAAGCUGCGUGGUAAUGGUUGACAACUGCUAUGGAGAGUUCGUAGAGACCGUAGAGCCUACUGCCGUGGGAGCUGAUAUCGUCGCUGGAAGCUUGAUAAAAAAUCCCGGUGGUACAAUCGCUCCUUGUGGAGGAUACGUCGUUGGAAAGGCCGAGCUUGUUGCAGCGGCUGCUGCUCGGCUCUCUGCUCCAGGCAUUGGAAUUGAUGCCGGGUCGGCUUCUGGUGAUAUCAUGCGUUUGCUGGUGCAAGGACUCUUCCUAGCACCUCAAAUGGUCGGGGAAGCCAUCAAGGGUACACUGCUUGUAGCUGAAGUUCUAGCUAAAGAAGGCUACAAAGUCAGGCCGUCACAACGUGCCAAACGCUACGACACGAUACAGGCUGUAGAACUGGGAAGCCGAGAACGGCUACUAGCAUUUUGUGCCGCUGUUCAGCAAUGCUGCCCGGUUGGAGCAUAUAUUAAACCCACGGCUGGCGUGACCCCUGGCUAUGAGUCCGAGGUUGUAUUUGCUGAUGGAACUUUCAUAGAUGGAAGCACGAGUGAGCUCUCCUGUGAUGGUCCUUUGAGGGAGCCUUUCAUCGUCUUUUGCCAGGGAGGCACUCACUGGACUCACUGGGCUCUCACACUGGAGAAAGUUUUGCAAGCACUAAGAAAAGCUUGAUCUGAUCACAAGAAGCACGCACCUUGCAAAGAACACUCUGACAGCGAAAUGGUUGCUCAACAAAGUAUGUGAUGUGAGUGUUUUUAUUAUUUUAUUUCCACAGGCAAAAAAGAAUGUCCUUUAAAGUC